AUGUCAGGACAGAGGGUACUGAGGAGCUUCCCCUUGGCCCUGAACCUCGGCGCCGACAUCUGUCACAUAACUCGCAUCCGCAGGAUCUUGGAGUCUCCCAGGGCGUCGCGGUUCGUUCAGAGGAUCCUUAAUGAUGAAGAGAGAAGUCACCCGAAAAUACAAUGCAUCCUUAACAAAGGGCACUCGCCCAGCCUGAGCCGGGCAGCCAAGACCAGUUGUGCGAUGGGAGAACACCACACCACCGCUGCGGCGGCGGCCGGUGUGGAGGAUCACAGCCCGUCAACAGCCGCACCAAACCUCGAUGAACUCCAACUCGCAGCUACUUUUAUGGCUGGAAGGUUCGCUGCAAAGGAGGCCGUCAUCAAAGCCCACCCGCAAAAGAACCUCACCUGGCAUGGUAUCACCAUAUCGCACCAGGCAUCGACGCACGCAGACCGGAAGGGGGCACCAGCGGCUAUCAUAAGGGGCACCAAUGAAGACUACGAGGCCCUCAUCAGCAUCAGCCACGAUGGAGACUAUGCAUCCGCCGUAUGUCUCGGUGCCCGUCACGCAGAGGACCUGUAG